AUGAAUGUCAAUCCCACCUGUUUCUGUGGUCAACCUGAAACCUUGGUCCACCUUUUUACUUCCUGUCCUUUGGUUCGUGAUCUUUUAGUGUGGUUUACGCUACAACUCAAUCGAUAUGAUCCCUUGGUCAUUCUUACUGAUGGUGACAUUCUUUUUGGUUUUUCUUCUGCGUCACGUAUUCCAUUGGUCUUCUCUGCGUUAUUGGGAAUUCUUCGGCAUCAAGUGUGGUUGGCACGUAACAAGCACCGUUUUGAGAACAUUGCUCCGUGUUCACAAGAUUCUCUACGUAAAGCUAAGUCCACCUUUCGCUUUAUGGUUCGUUUGCAGAAACGUCACAAUCCAGUUGGUCAGUUUACACAUGAAUGGUUAGCUGAUGGUAUUGUUGG